AUGCUCAAUUGUGCAGAUACAUCAACCCCUUAUUAUGCUGAGGUAGUUUCAGUCUUGAAGAGCAUAUUUGGGCUGUCUUCCUUUAGGCAAAACCAACUUGAAGUUAUCAACGCCAUACUGGAUGGAAAAAAUGUCUUCGUCGUAACACCCACCGGUGGUGAGAAAAGUCUUUGUUGUCAACUUCUGGCAGUCUGUAAGAAUGAUAGGACCCAGUGA